AUGACGCCGUCGCGCAGCUUUGACAAUGGCAUUGAAAUUGCCAACAGCAACAGCAACAACAACAAGAUCUGGAGUCCCUCGCUUGGCUGCAGUCGACUGCACGAAUUAGAUAACAAUGACCUGCUGCUGCCAUCACCAGCAUCGGCAUCAGCGUCAUCUUCAGGCAGCAACUUUGCUACUCAGAAUUGUCCACAGGAAGCAGCCAAUAUAGCAGUAAAAGCUGCUCAGGUGGCAACAGCUGCAAAUGACGCCCAAUCGAACGCAGCCGAAUGUGCGGCCAAAGCGGUGCGCAUCCACCUGGCCGAGAAGGCAGUCCAAGCGUCGCGUGCCGUUCAAGCUGUGCUCGAGGGCAAACGUUCGCAGCUCGAGAAUAUUGAACGGGAGCUGCACACCGCCCAGAAUCUCCUGACCAAGCUGGGCAACUCGCUGCAGCGUAGCGAACAGAAUGCGCAAAGAUCCGAUUCUGCUGCCAAAUUGGCCGAGGCGCAUUGCAAUAAGCUCUGCGAACUCGUUCAGCUAAUGGGCGGCAACGUGGCCGAUGUGAAUGCGAUGAAUGAACAGGCCCAAGCCGACUACAAUGAGAAGCGGCAAAUGCUGAUGGCCGCCAAAGUGCGAGCCGAUCGCAUCCAAAAGGAUAUCACCUGUGCUCGCGACGAGUAUCAGCAGGUGAAAAUGGCUGCCUACCAAGCGGCCUGUGCUGCGGUCGAGGCCAAGCAGAAGGCGGCCAAUGCUGCAGCAAUUGAUGACAGCGCGCUGAGACCUGGGCUGCUGCGUCUUCGUCGACAGCAGCGUCAGCAUUGA